UGUUUGUAACGUUGCCCAACUCAUAUAGUUUGAGUUUUAUAGUUAUUUUAAAAAAACACCCAAACAAAACAUACCUUGGCUCACUCAGAUCAGAUGAUGAUGAAACCGAUUAACUGAGGGAGAAAGAAAGAGGGGGAGAGAGAGAGAGACUGAGAGAUCGACAGGGGGAGAGAGAGAGAGACUGAGAGACCGGGAGAGGGUGAGACCGAGAGGGAGAAAGGGUCGGCGGCGGCUCAACUCCGCCGCUUCAGGAGGCAGCUCCGGCCAAGUACAGCUUUGGGUUUUGUGUUUGAUUUUGCUGUGUAUUCUUUAUUUAAAGCUGGUAUAUAUAUAUAUAUUUAAAGUUUUUAUUAUUAUUUUUCUUUCUAAAGAUAAAAACCAGAGAAGUCAGAGAGAGUAAGCAAGGAAGAGAGAGAACGACAGCGACGGAGAACGCAGAGAGGUGAAUGGAGAGGUGAAUGGCUUUUAUCCGGCGAUGUCAAUACUCUAGCCGUUGCUUCUCUUUCUCCGGUGUCAGUAGCAAUAGCAGUAGCCUUCCAAAAGCCAAAGCCACUGCCACUACCACCGCCACCACUGCCUUCAAUUCAAAUUCAAAUUCAAAUUCAAAUUCAAUCCCAACUCUCCUCAGGUCUUGCAAGACCUCUCUCCACCUCCACCAACUUCACGCCCACAUCAUCCGUAAAGGCCUCGAGCAAGACCACUUUCUCAUCACCCUUUUCAUCUCCCUCUCCCUCUCCACUCUUUCCUAUUCCACUUCCGUCUUCAACCGCGUUCUAAGACCCAGUACGUUCCUCUGGAACUCUCUCAUUAGAGCUUAUUCUCAAAACUCUCAUUUCAUCCACAUUGUUUCACUCUUCGUUCGCAUGAAGAGAGAGGGUGGUGUGCCUGACAGCUACACCUACCCGUCAAUCAUUAAAGCGUGUUCCACCCAGUGUGAGGUUAGCCUAGGGAGUGCCCUUCAUGGGUCGGCAUUGAGGUGCGGGGUUGAAGGGGAUCUCUUUGUUAAGACUAGUUUGAUUGACUUCUAUGGGAAAUGUAAACAUAUUUUUAGUGCUCGUAAGCUGUUCGAUGAUAUGUCUGACAGAAAUGUGGUUUCAUGGACGGCUAUGGUUGUUGGGUAUAUAACUUUUGGGGAUUUAGAAGAGGCAAAGAGGUUGUUCAAUGAAAUGCCACAAAGGAAUGUGGCAUCCUGGAAUGCUAUCAUUUGUGGCCUCGUGAAACUGGGUGACUUGAAGGGUGCGAGGAGGAUGUUUGAUGAAAUGCCUGAGAGGAAUGUGGUUUCGUAUACUACCAUGAUUGAUGGGUAUGCAAAGGCAGGUGAUAUGGCGUCUGCAAGGUUUCUGUUUGAGCAGGUGCCUCAAAGGGAUAUUUUUGUGUGGUCUGCAUUGAUAUCGGGUUAUGCUCAAAGUGGUCAGCCUAACGAAGCGUUGAAAGUUUUCCUUGAAAUGGAUUCAAGGGAUGUAAAGCCUGAUGAGUUUGUUAUGGUGAGCUUGAUGUCUGCUUGUUCUCAAAUUGGUAAUUUGGAAUUGGCUAAAUGGGUUGAUUCUUAUGUGAGCCGAAGCACAAUGGAUAUUCAACAACCUCAUGUAGCUGCGGCUCUUGUUGACAUGAAUGCCAAGUGUGGAAACAUGGAGCGAGCAACGAAGUUGUUUGAAGAGAUGCCCAAAAAGGACCUAAUCUCUUAUUGUUCCAUGAUACAAGGGUUGUCGUAUCAUGGGCAUGGGAAGAAAGCUGUUGACCUUUUCAAUAAGAUGCUAAAUGAAGGGCUGGUUCCAGAUGAGGUGGCCUUCACCGUCAUCUUGUCAGCAUGUAGUCAUGCUGGAUUUGUUGAAGAGGGUUGGCACUAUUUUGAAAUGAUGAGAUAUGAAUACUCUUUAGUUCCUUCUCCUGAUCAUUAUGCUUGUAUGGUUGAUCUUCUUAGCAGGGUAGGGAGAUUGAAAGCAGCUUAUGAGCUUCUAAACUCAAUGCCUGUGGAGCCACAUUCUGGUGCUUGGGGUGCACUUCUUGGGGCCUGUAAGCUGCAUUGCAAUAUUGAAUUAGGGGAGGUUAUUGCUGCUCGUCUUCUUGAGCUUGAGCCACAUAAUGCUGGUAAUUAUGUGUCUUUGUCCAACAUCUAUGCAGCAGCAGAUCGGUGGUCAGAUGUUUCUCUUGUGAGGGAGAAGAUGAAGGAAAGAGGAGUUAGGAAAAUAACUGGUCAUAGUUGCAUUAAUUCAUGAGAAUGAGUUUCAUCAUAUGACUGAAUCACAAUUCCUCAAUACCAUGAUCUUGAGGCUGCCACAUCGGUGAAGUGCUGAUCCUAUUGGAAGAGCCUUUCCAUCAAUUAAAUGAAGAAAAAAGAAGUGCAAGGGCUGAUCGAUUUCAGAGUCUUGUCAUCCCAACCACAAAGAAUUGCAGCAGCAGUUUUCUGCCAGAAAAAAACUGAAAUCCUCCUCUCCCAUGGUCACUGGGAGAAGUUGCAGUACCAGUGAAGGAGCCUCAUCUUCUUCUUCCACUCCCUAUUGGAAAUAUGAUGUCUUCCUAAGCCGUAGAGGUGAAGAUACCGGCCAUUCUUUUACAAACCAUUUAUAUUAGGCUUUGUCUGACAUUCAAAGAUGAUGCUGAGCUUGAAAGGGGAGAAGAAAUUUCACCCAGACUUCUCGGAGCCAUUGAAUUGUCAAGGUCUUCAGUUGUUGUAUUCUCUGAAAACUAUGCAAAUUCCACUUGGUGCUUGGAUGAACUUGUCGAGUGUCUUAAGAAAGGUCAGAAGGUUCUACCUGUCUUUUACAAAGUGGACCCAUCAGAGGUACGUAAACAAUCAGGGAAGUAUGGGUUAGCACUGGCUGAGCACGAAAGAAACUUCAAGGAAAAGGUUUGGAAGUGGAGGGCAGCUCUAGUUGAAGUUGCGAAUUUGUUUGGAUUGACUUACAAAAUUGGGGGAUCCCAUUAGAAAAUUUGAAAUAUAUUAAGUGUGGAUCCUGUUAAUCCAUUAUGGAAUUUCCUGCCUUGUGCACCCCAAACUUAGAGGUAUUGGACCUUUCUAAGUGUAAAAAUUUAGUUGUGGUUGAUGAAUUGGUUGGAUCUCUUGAUAAGCUUGAAAUCUAGAUCCUCGAAGGUUGUGAAAAGCUUCAAACUCUUCCAAGAAGCCUUAUGCUAAGAUCUCUUCAAUAUUUUGAUCUCCGUGAUUGCUUAAUGCUUGAGAAGUUUCCCAGUAUUUUGCCAGGAAUGGAAAGUUUACGAACACUAUUAUUGUCAAGGACUGGUAUUAAAGGGUUGCCUUCAUCAAUUGGGUAUCUCACUAGGCUUGAGAAGUUAGACCUAAGUUAUUGUCAAAGCAUUAUGGAUCUUCCGGAUAGCAUCUAUAAAUUGCAACAUCUUAGUGUUUUAGAGAUUUCCCAUUGUACCAAAUUGAAGAUUGGUAGAAGUCUGACAUACCAUUCUUUUGGUAGCUUGUCUGAAUAUGGGUUUCUAAAGUUGGAAUAUCUGAAUCUCAACAACUGUGAAAAUCUAACUGAGUUAGAUCUUUAAUGAUGCCUGAUUACUUUCCUGAAUUGAAAUAUCUAUAUCUAGAUGGAACCAAUAUUCGUAUGAUCCCUGAAAGCAUUAGUAGAUUUGCUAGAUUAAGAAGACUUGGAAUAAAAAAUUGCAUGCAACUUCGUAAAAUUCCAAGGCUUCCACAAUCCAUAAGAAUAGUGUGUGCAAUGAACUGUAAAUCCCUGAAUUCACAGUCACUAAGCUGCUCAUUAAGCCAGGCUCAAGAAAUUCUAGGGAUUUCACCAGUAAAAUUUCUCAAGGUGCAAGAUCUGGGAUCUGACUCAAUAGUCAGUAGUGGGUUUGAUUUGGGUUUGUCUUCAAUGACCUAUACGUUUUCAACUGCUGACUCCAACUUCAAUCAAUUGAAGAAAAUGAGAAAAUUUUAUCGAAAUUUGAAGAAAUAUGCUUCCAUUUAAAAUUAGCUUGAAAGUAUUUUCUUUGUCGUUUCUAUAUGAUUUUCUUGUAUUGUUUAAUGACAAGUUUUGAAGUAAAGGUAGCUAAUGGAUCAAACUUGAGAACACAAGGGUCUUGUCAUGCAGUUUCCUUGAAGAUACAGGGUAAUUAGUUCAAGAUGGACUUAAAUGUGUUGGCCUUGGGAGGCUGUGAUGUUCGGUACAUGUUAAUAUUAUGGUCCUUUCCAGAUUCUUCAGAGGAUUGGCCAGGUGGCCUACUAGCUUGCCUUACCCGAUGAUUGCUCAAUUCACCUAGUUUUCCGUAUUUCCUACUUGAAGCUAAAAUUGGGUGAUAAAGUGAUUCCUAUUCCUACCUUACCUCUUGUUGAUGCUGAGGGUUUGUUUAACCCUGAGCCUAUUGCUAUUCUUCAGACUAGGUCCAAACAAUUGAGAACUAGGACCAUCACUGAGGUCCUUCUUCAAUGGCAUGGUCAGUCUGUAGAUGCUGCUAGUUGGGAAUCGCUGUAUGCACUUCAACACCAAUUUCCCCACCUUGUGGGCAAGGUCCUUUGAUGGGGUGGGGAGAAGCUAAUUGAAGACUUUUGGUAAUGUAACUGAUUCAUGGAUUGUGCAGUUGGACAGCAGUAAGCAGCAGUUAAAUGUACAGCAGUACAGGUGUAGAAGUGAAGGUGCAAUGUGCAGCAGUGUAAAUGUACAGCAAUGUAAGGUGCAGCAGUGAAGUGAAGCAGUGUAAGCAGUGAAGUGAAAUUGAAUUUUGACCUUGGGGACAACGUCUCUCUUAAGGGGAAGGGAAUGAUAGGAGUUAUGGUUAUAGCUGUCACUGUCAGUUGGAAGUUGGUUAGUUAGUGAUGAGCUGGCUUGUCUUUUAGUUAGUUAGCUAUAACUGUAGAUAAGAAGAAUCAAUUAGUUAAACAUAGCAUCAUAACUGUAACUUAAUUGUGAGUAGUAUAAGAAGAAUUAUGUAUUCACUGUAACGAUUCAUUUAGAAAGUUAAGCAAACACGCUUCCUUAUUCA